AUGAGCGAUAUUAUUGAAACAUUAAAGAGAAUAGAAGCUAACAAGAGUGUCAUUGGCACUUUAGUUCUUGAUGCUGAAUACAAAGUCAUUCAUUCCGCAUUCAAAAAUUCAGACCCAGCUAAAUACGCUGAAAAACUUCCACCUCUUUUAGAAAGAGCAGCAAGUAUGGUUAAAGAUUGCGAUCCAGAUAAUAGCUUAACAUUUUUAAGAAUUCGUACAGAAAAAUUAGAAAUUCUCAUUUCUCCAACAGAUGAAUACACUUUAAUUGUUGUUCAGAAUAUGGUUAUGAUCGAUUCAUAA